AUGAAGAGGAAGUGGCCAGAAGGGGAAGCAGCAGGCUGUAGAGAGGAGGCAGGUGGGAGGCGAUCACUGGAGCCUGCUGGCGUGCUGAGGGCCUGCGUCUGUGGCGAAGCCAAGAUGUACACCAAGGCAGGACCCCCAGAGGGCAGACACAGCCCCCAGGCUCAGCUCCUGCGGGAGGACAGCCCCACGGAGCCUGCAGGGCCUGUGCCGAUGGCCUGGGUCCCUGCGCCCCAGUGCCUGGCCGAGCUACGCUCACAGGCAGGCCGCGUGGCCCCAGACCCCAGGCUGCACCGGCCACUUCCCCACGAAGGCCAGGAGGGAGGGCUGCGCCCGCCUCUCACGGGCGCCUCAGAGGCCGGCUGGCCGGGGGGUCCUGCUGCCGGGGAGACCCCCACCCCCGCCAGCAUCGAGGGGUCCUGGCCCAGCGCCCAGUGCCCUGAGCGGCACUGCCCUCUCCGUGCCGAGCCCCCGCCCCGGGACAAGGGCUGCUGCCCAGCUGCCAGGAGGGGCCGCCUAGGGGCCAGGACGGGGGCCCAGCGGGCAGGGAAGCAGCUAUUUACAGGCCAGUGUGAGGGCUCUGCGCGCGCUGCACGCCACCCCGCGGCCCGCGGGGCAGGGCGGCUGACACAGCAGGCCCGGGCGGCCCGAGGAAAGGGGCUCGGCAGGCUCACGGGACCCCCAGGCCAGAGUGACGGGGGCGGAACCGCGCUCUCCCGUGGCGCCCUGACCGGCGGGCUGCCCGGCACUGGCCACAUCCCCCGUCUGGGGGGGGCUGGGAAGACGGCCGGUGACCGUGCAGCCCCGGGGGGAGCGUCAUUCCUGCCGGCCCCACCCUGGCAGCGGGGAUGGUCUGCCUCAGCACCGGAGUGGCCCUCAGGCCCACCCAGAAGUACGUGGCCAUGCCACUGGGGACCCCAUGGCGAUGUCCUCCUGCAGUUGCAGGUGCGGGGGACGCUGGCCCUGCUGUGCCUGGGCGCCGUGACUGUCACCUACUUCCUGUGGCAAGCAUUCUCUCCUGCUGCCUGGGGCCAGGUGCGCCCCGGGGAAGGGCCCCCCGGGUCUUGGGGCCUUGGCUCCGGCCUGGCCUGGGAGCCCCUGGGAGAGGAGGCCCGGCGGCGGCAGCAGAACGGCUCCUGCCGGAUUGUCCUCGUGGAAAGCAUCCCCCAGGACCUGCUGCCUGCAGCAGACAGCCCAUCUGCCCAGCCCCUGGCCCAGGCCUGGCUGCAGCUGCUGGACGCCGCCCAGGAGAGCGUCCAUGUGGCCUCCUUCUACUGGUCCCUCACGGGGCCCGACAUCGGGGUCAAUGACUCAUCUUCCCAGCUGGGAGAGGCCCUUCUGCAGAAGCUGCAGCAGCUGCUGGACAGAAACGUUUCCCUGGCUGUGGCCACCAGCAACCCGACACUGGCCAGGAACUCCACUGACUUGCAGGUCCUGGCGGCCCGCGGCGCCCAGGUGCGGCACGUGCCCAUGGGAAGGCUCAUCGGUGGCGUUUUGCACUCCAAGUUCUGGGUUGUGGACGGGCGGCACGUCUACAUGGGCAGUGCCAACAUGGACUGGCGCUCCCUGACACAGGUGAAGGAGCUCGGAGCCGUCAUCUACAACUGCAGCUGCCUGGCCCAGGACCUGGAGAAGACCUUCCAGACCUACUGGGUGCUGGGGGUGCCGAAGGCUGUCCUCCCCAAGCCCUGGCCUCAGAACUUCUCCUCUCACAUCAACCGCUUCCGGCCCCUCCGGGACUACUUUGAUGGGGUGCCCACCACUGCCUACUUCUCAGCGUCGCCACCCAAGCUCUGCCCCCACGGCCGCACCCGGGACCUGGACGCGCUGCUGGCGGUGAUGGGGGACGCCCGGGAGUUCAUCUACGCCUCCGUGAUGGAGUACUUCCCCACCACACGCUUCAGCCACCCCUCCAGGUACUGGCCGGUGCUGGACACGGCGCUGCGCGCGGCGGCCGUCAGCAGGGGAGUGCGCGUGCGCCUGCUGGUCAGCUGCUGGCUCAACACGGACCCCAGCAUGUUCCCCUACCUGCGGUCCCUGCAGGCCCUCCGCAACCCAGCAGCCAACGUGUCUGUGGACGUGAAAGUCUUCAUCGUGCCCGUGAGGAACCACUCCAACAUCCCCUUCAGCAGGGUGAACCACAGCAAGUUCAUGGUCACAGAGAAGGUGGCCUACAUAGGCACAUCCAACUGGUCGGAAGACUACUUCAGCAGCACCUCGGGGGUGGGCCUGGUGGUCGGCCAGAGGGCCUCCCGCGCCCAGCCAGGGGUGACCACCGUGCAGGAGCAGCUGCGGCAGCUCUUUGAGCGAGACUGGAGCUCCCGCUACGCCGUAGGCCUGGACGGACAGGCCCCAGGCCAGGACUGCGUCUGGCAGGGCUGAGGUCCUGCCCUUCCCGGCCACCGGACCCCGCCGCUCCCCGCCAGGCCUCCCCGCCUGGCCUCCCAGCAACGCCAUCCGCACAGGCCCCGGUCACGGGCGGGACUGCCCAGCGCGGGGCCGGCACACACUGUGCGCUCUCCGCGUCGAGCCCCUCUUGAACUCCCACCUCCUCCUCCGGGGGCAAGGGGGCAGGAGCCCUCCAGGGUGCCCCUCCCUGACUCCCACAGAGCCAGAG